UGUCGUGGCGGCAUAUUAGCAAUCUUUUCUUCGAUAAUUGAAACUGUUUAUUUUUUACUCUCACAUGUUUCUGAGAAAUCUCCUGAAGCCUCUGGUCAAAGAUGGGUGCAUACUCGGUUACUUCACUCUUUGUGUCCUUCUUGGUGUUUUUCUCCGCUUCUUCUGAGAGCAAUGACGGAACAUUAAGAGUUGGCCUGAAAAAACUGAAGUUGGAUCCUACCAAUCGACUUGCCACACGCUUUGGUUCCAAGCAAGAAAAAGCCUUUCGAUCUUCCUUAAAAGAGUUCCGUUCAAACGACAAGAAUGCUGGAGAUGCUGACAUCGUUGCGUUGAAGAACUACUUGGAUGCUCAAUACUAUGGUGAGAUUGCUAUCGGUACUCCACCACAGAAGUUCACAGUGAUUUUCGACACGGGGAGCUCUAACCUUUGGGUACCAUCAGGGAAAUGUUAUUUCUCGCUGUCUUGUUUCUUUCAUUCCAAGUACAAGUCCUCGCGGUCAAGCACUUACAAGGAGAGUGGAAAACGUGCAGCAAUCCAUUACGGAUCUGGAUCCAUCUCUGGUUUCUUCAGUUAUGAUGCUGUCACGGUUGGUGACUUAGUUGUCAAAAAUCAGGAGUUUAUUGAGGCAACCAGUGAGCCUGGUUUAACUUUCUUGGUGGCUAAGUUUGAUGGUCUUCUUGGUCUUGGAUUCCAAGAGAUCUCUGUUGGAAACGCCACUCCUGUUUGGUACAAUAUGCUCAAGCAAGGUCUUAUCAAGAAACCAGUGUUCUCAUUUUGGCUUAACCGUGACACAAAGAGUGAAGAAGGCGGUGAACUUAUAUUUGGCGGUGUUGAUCCAAAGCACUUCAAGGGAGAACACACAUAUGUUCCUGUUUCACGAAGGGGUUACUGGCAGUUUGAUAUGGGUGAGGUUCUCAUUGCCGGCAAAUCUACUGGAUACUGUGGAAAUGGUUGUACUGCAAUAGCAGAUUCUGGAACAUCGUUACUUGCAGGGCCAACAGCUGUGAUUGCCAUGAUAAAUAAAGCUAUCGGAGCAUCUGGAGUUGUUAGCCAGCAAUGCAAAACUGUUGUGGAUCAGUAUGGACAAACCAUUUUGGAUUUACUUUUGGCUAAGGCUCAACCAAAGCAUAUCUGCUCAAAGAUAGGUCUUUGCACAUUCGAUGGCACCCAUGGGGUCAGUAUGGGGAUUGAGUCAGUGGUGGAAAAGGAAAACACAAAGUCAUCUAGCGGUCUCCGAGAUGCUGGUUGUGCUCCAUGUGAAAUGGCAGUUAUGUGGAUACAAAGCCAGUUAAUGCAGAACAUGACUCAAAAGCGUAUAGUGAACAACAUUAAUGACAUAUGCGAACGCAUGCCGAGUCCUAAUGGAGAGUCUGCAGUCGACUGCUCACAACUCUCUAAAAUGCCUACUGUUUCAUUCACCAUUGGAGGCAAAGUCUUUGAUCUUUCUCCAGAAGAGUACGUACUGAAGAUUGGGGAAGGACCAGUGGCACAAUGCAUCAGUGGCUUUACUGCGCUCGACUUGCCUCCACCUCGUGGACCUCUCUGGAUACUGGGAGAUGUGUUUAUGGGAAGAUACCACACUGUCUUUGACUUUGGCAACGAGCAGGUUGGCUUCGCAGAAGCUGCGUAAACAAAGAACAACCUCAGUUCGGUUUCUUUUGUUAUGUGUUUUAUAAAAGCUUUUGUUGUGUGUUGUGAUGUGAAACCUCUUUGCACUUGUUGACUGGUGUUAAACUAUCUCCCUUCUCAUCUGACUUGGGUUAAACUCUGUUUCUGUAGAUAUUUUGUUAUGUGUUGUGAUGUGAAACCUGUUUCCACUUGUUGACUUGAGUUAAACGCUCUCCCUUCUCAUC